GUACUAGAAACAACGUGUGCAGUUCUUUUCGUUCCGAUAUAAGUUUCAUUUUCGCCCUGAUAGACAGUGACACGUCUUUACUAUCUGCUUUUUCUAUUACAUUACAUGUUGACGUUAUUUGGCCAGUUUAGCAAUUCGUAUUGUUCUAUGCUAACGGAAAACUAUCAGUCUAAGUUCGCCCACAGCAAUGGAAGACACGGCUGUGGACCUAAUUACCCUGCAGAUGCUGCAAGCGGCUCAGGCGACAGUGAGAGCGAGUCCGUUAGGAGUAAUAAACACGCCAAUGAUCCCCGGGAGUCAAACUACAUUGCCACUGAACACCGCAUGCGAUAUCCAUAUCAAAAUGGAAAACCUGCAAAGGACUGGCUCUUUUAAGAUAAGAGGAGUAGCCAAUCAGUUUGCAAGGAGACCUGCAGGGGGCCGCUUUGUCACCAUGUCCGCAGGGAACUAUGGGAAGUCAUUUGCAUAUGCGACGAAACACUAUGGAACUCAGGGCAAAGUCGUGAUGCCAGAAACGGCCCCUCCAUCACGGUCCGUGCUGAUACAGAGUUUUGGGGUCGAGGUUGAGCGCGUGCCAACGUCCUGCCUGGUGGAGGUGGUGAACCGGUGUGUUCGGCAGGAGAACAUGACGUUCCUGCACCCCCACGAUGACGUCGACCUGAUCGCUGGCCACGCAAGCGUUGGCCUUGAGAUCUUGGAGGCGGUGCCGAACCCGGACGUGGUGGUGGCCUGCUGCGGGGGAGGGGGUCUACUGGCGGGGGUCGCUGCUGCCGUCAAACUCUCUGGCUGCGAGAACGCGCGGGUCUACGGGGUGGAGCCCACGGGGGGUGGGUCUGUGUGUUACACACUGAAGGUGUGUGCCGGUGUGUGUGUCCCAGGUCGCGUGCCGUACGCCCUGUGCCGGCGGUACGUAGAGGAGAUCGUGCUGGUCAGCGACGAGGAGAUCAAAUCCGCCGUGUCCACGCUGUACCGCUCCGGCUUCCUGGUGGAACCUUCCGGAGCCGCGGCCUUCGCCGCCGUCGCCAACGACAGGAUCCCCGACAUCGCCGGGAAGACCGUGGUGCUCAUCCUGAGCGGCGGCAACAUCGGCAAGGACGAGCUGGCCCACUUCCCCGACUGAGUCAGCGUCCCCGCAAACCGUCUAACACCAAAGUCCCCGCAAACCACCUAACACUGAAGUCCCCAAAAACCACCUAACACCACAGUCCCUGCAAACCUUCUAACGCUGAAGUCCCCGCAAACCACCUAACACUGAAGUCCCCGCAAACAACCUAACACUACAGUCCCUGCAAACCCUCGGACACUGAAGUCCCUGCAAACCCUCUAACACCAAAAUCCCCGCAAACUAUCUAACACUGAAGUCCCCAAAAACCAUCUAACACCGCAGUCCCCACAAACCCUAUAACACUGAAGUCCCCGCAAACCCUCGGACACUGAAGUCCCCACAAACCAUCUAACACUGAAGUGGCAGAACGAUGACAGUCGAAUUUGGAUAAUUUCUCUGUCGACAGAGAAGCAGGAUUCUUGAUUUGCAGAACAUUAUCAAGCACACACAGAAGCACAUUUUCUUCCAACCAUUAUGUUGGGGGGUUGGGGGGGAAUAAAAAAAAAUCUCCUGUGAUCGUCCUGCCCUCUUACGUCUUUUGCCUUUGGAAGGAACCGGGACGUUGCGGUCAAAGAAGCUGCAUUUCUGUGAAUGCUUGGAGCCUUUCCCUCAUAAAUAAAAUACUGAAUUGCCGCAGGUUUCAGCUUUGAAAUAAAAACAGUGCAUGCAU